UCCGCCCCUCAGGCGACUGCAUCGGCCCCGUCCGACCGCCGCCUCGGGCGAGGAGCCACCGCGAUGGUGAGGCUCCGCAGAAAGUGGCUGGCGCUGGUGGUCUUCGUCGUCUUCGUCGUGGGCGUCAUGAUGGGCCUCGGGGCCGUGUCGCGACGGGCCGACGACGACGAGGACGGAGGCGGCGGUGGCGGUGGUGGCGGCGGCUCCUUGUGGGAGUUCAUGCCUCGACCCCGAGCCGUUGUCGGAGGCGACCCCCUCGCCGCUCCCGCUCGGCCGGCUCCCGCGUCGCCUCAGCCGGCGGGGCCGCCGCGCAAGACCGAGGCUUCUGACGGCGACCAGGCCGCAUCUACGGGACUCGUCAAGGGGGACGGCGCGAAUGGCAGCAGCAACAACAACGACAACAACGACGACGGAGACGUGAACUACGACGUGCACAUCUUCUACUACGCCUGGUUCGGCAACCCGCGCUUCGACGGCCGCUACGUGCACUGGAACCACGCGCUGCUGCGCCACUGGGACGCGAAGGUGGCGGCCGCUUGGCCCACGGGGUCCCACGAGCCGCCGGGAGACGUCGCCGCCUCCUUCUACCCCGAGCUGGGCCCCUACUCGUCCCGCGACCCCGCCGCCGUGCACGGGCACAUGCGGCAGCUGCGACACGCCGCCGUCGGCGUGCUCGUGCUCUCGUGGUACCCCCCCGGCAGGAAGGACGACAACGGAGACCCCGUGGACGACCUCGUGCCGAUGCUGCUGGACGCCGCUCACCGCCACGCGCUCAAGGUGACGUUUCACAUCGAGCCGUACAAGAACAGGGACGAGCGGUCGGUCCGCAACGAUGUCAAGUACAUCAUCGACAGGUACGGCAGCCACCCGGCGUUCCACCGCUACCGCACGAGCUCCGGGCAGGCGCUGCCGCUGCUCUACGUCUACGACUCGUACCUGACGGCGCCCGACGCCUGGGCCGAGAUCCUCACCCCGGGGGGCGCGCAGAGCGUGAGGGGCACGCAGUACGACGCCGUCUUCCUGGCACUGGUGGUGGAGCAGCGCCACCUGGGUGAGAUCGCCCGCGCCGGCUUCGACGGCCUCUACACCUACUUCGCCACCAACGGCUUCUCGUUCGGCUCGUCGCACCACAACUGGCGCUCGCUCAAGGCGUUCUGCGACGCCAACGGCCUCCUCUUCGUGCCCAGCGUGGGGCCCGGCUACGCCGACGCCAGCGUGCGGCCCUGGAACCAGCAGAACGCUCGCGGGCGAGUCCACGGCAGGUACUACGAGGCCGCGUUCCGCGCCGCCCUGCUCACGCGCCCGGAGAUCAUCUCCAUCACCUCCUUCAACGAGUGGCACGAGGGCACGCAGAUCGAGACGGCCAUCCCCCGCAAGGGGAGGGGCCGCGACGGGGGGGCCGCGGGGGCGGGGGCUGGGGGGGGCGCCCCCUACCUCGACUACCUGCCGGGGGCCCCCGACAUGUACCUGUCGCUCACCAGGAAGUGGGCCAUGAGGCUGAGGAAGGAGAAGCAGCAGUGGCUCAUGUGAUGGGCGGCGCGGGGGGGGGUUACGGAGGUGAGCGUGUGGGAGGGCGAGUGAGAGAGAGAGACGGAGAGAGGGUGGGGAGAGUGUAGCGGAGAGAGAGUGUGAAUGAGCGAGAGACACAGACUGCUGAGCGGUGGAGAGAGUGUGGCGGAGAGAGAGUGUGAAUGAGCGAGAGACGCAGACUGCUGAGCGAUGGAGAGAGUGUGGCGGAGAGAGAGUGUGAAUGAGCGAGAGACGCAGACUGCUGAGCGAUGGAGAGAGUGGUGGAGAGAGCAGGCAGAGUGUGAAUGAGAGAGGGGAGAGUGAAUGAGAGGGAGUGAUGAGCGAUGUCGAGAGUGGAGAAUGUGAAUGACAGUGUGGGGAGUGAGAGAGAGAGAGACGGAGAGAGGGUGCGGAGAGAGCGGAGAGAGAGUGUGAAUGAGAGAGAGACACAGACUGCUGAGCGAUGGAGAGAGUGGUGGAGAGAGCAGGCAGAGUGUGAAUGGGAGGGGAGAGUGAAUGAGAGGGAGUGAUGAGCAAUGGAGAGAGUGGGGAAUGUGAAUGACAGAGUGUGGGAAGAGGGUGGAGAGUGCAGUGUGUGUGUGUGUGUCGGAUAGUGUAUUUAUUUAGAUGAAUACGUGCGAGAGAACAUCUCCGUGUGUAACACUGUGGGUGUAGUGACUGUGAGGGGUUGUUGGUGUGUGUAGCAGUGUGUGUGGAGCAGCUUUUGUUCGGCCAGAUCGAGGGGGCUAAACGGGCGCGGCACGGGCUGGAGAAGAGAUGGAGUGAUGUGGUACAGGAGGAUGUGGAGCUGAGUGUACUUGCCGAUGACUGGUACCAGCGGUGUCAAGAUCGGCCUCUGUGGAGGAGGCUCGUGAAGGAUGCUACUGGGCAUUUGGAGGCAGUCGCCCUCCAACAACAACGGAGGGCGGAGGAGCGACGCUCACAACAACAAGCGGAGCGCCGGGUGGCUAAAGCACAGCAAGUUGGUACAGUAGGGGGCACAGGUGGUGCAUCAGCCAGUCAUCUCGGUCAGUCGACCCGUGGCACCUGGGUCUGCCCCGUGACCUCCUGCCAGCGGGCGUUCGACACUUCACGUGGCCUCAAGGUGCACUUGGCCUGGCACAAGCGUCGUGGUGACGUCACCGCCACUUAGUGGCGAAUGGCGGUUGUUGUUGUUGUGGAGCAGCAUUACCGUAUGGCAACCACCAGCCACCACAGCCUGAUCGACCGGUAACCACUACCACCACAGUGUUACCGACCACUAGCAAAGAGGUGGAGGUUGUUUUUGGCAGAUGACGUGCGGUGUGGUGUGUGUGUGUCUAUGUAUAUGUAGAGGAGCGGUGGCGCAGUUGUUGGCGCACUGCGCUACGAAGACCAGUGAGCCGAGUUCGAUUCCCAGCCAGGGCUAACAUCAGUGGGCGAGCGAGAUUCUAAAGCGGUGUGCCUGCGGCCCCUCCCCUUGAUUGUGUGUGGAUCUUCGGCACCGGGGAGACAAAGGCAGUCGGGCGUGGCACAGGCCACAACGCCCCAUCGUACAGGGGGGGAAAUCGCGGUGGCUAGGAGAUGUUAGCUCCCUCGCCUGGUAUACAGGAGUUCGUGGGUUCCAUCCCGACCCUUACCUGCUGUAUAUUACAGGUAGGAACAGCAGGUUCCACACUGCCCACCGAGGAUUAUUUGUUUGUCUGUCUGUCGUGCAUAGCCACGCCCUCGAUUUGUAUUUAAUAGAGCGCUUCGGGCGGACUCAGCACCACGUGACGCGUCGCCCCACGCAGCUUGCGUCACGUGACGCGGAUCGCACGAAUGCGCCGUCCAACCAAGUUCCUACCUGCCCACUCCGAAGGAACGCGUUUGGGGUUUGCGUGUCUCUCCGUGGUCACGUGGAUUUUUCUCCGGCGCCCUCCAGUUCUUCCCUUCGGCAUUUCGAAUCGACGUCGCGCGUUUCGAGAAUAUUGCUGCUGCUAUAAAUGUCCAUGCGAUGAUGACGACGAUGACGAUGAUGAUCCCAGAUUUUAAGCUUUCGUGACUGCAAGGAAUUCAUACUCUUAUUUUUUUCGUGACUUUACCGAAAAAACUAGGAGUAUGGAUGAUGAUCCCGCUUCGUUGGAGCAAUCAUUUGUGAUGACCCGGUCGUUUCUGAAAAAGAGCUAGGGAGCAGCUCAUUGGGCCUUACCCAGUAAAAUGAAAAAAAUUAGUUGUCUUUUUAGUUUGUAUGGGUGCAUACUCUUUGAUUCUUUCGGUAAAGUCACGUAGGGUAUAAAAUAAAUGAAAUCGCGACGUUUCGGGCGCAACACAAGCGUCCGUCAUCAGGUGGGACAACCACAGCAAGAAACAAUUGCUAAAGUGUGUCUGGGUGCGUCGCUCCGGGCCUUAAUAGGGGCUCGCUAACGGCACUUUCCCCAACCGCCUGUGUGGGCUACACGGCCGCGGCAGGGAAUCGAACUCUUCCCGGGUGCGAGCGAGCGAGCGUGCGUGCGUCUCUGUUCGUGCACGUCAACACCAGAAGAAUUUUUUUAUAAAUGAGUGAGUGCGAGACUCUGCGGUGGUGGUGUGUUCCGUGUGUUAAUAUAGAGUGUUCAUAGAGAGUGUUAAUAGAGAGUGUUGGAGUGUGCUUGAGUUGCUGCCUGUUGGCCGAGUUUAACUCGGACAAUUCUGGAACUGGAAUCUUGAGUUUUCGGGAGGAAGGAAUUGAUUUCUAACCGUGACGUGGUACCGGUUUGGUGUUGAACUUCAUUGUGAUUCACCGCAAAGUUUUGAUAACAGUGCUAGGCUGACUGAGAAAUAAUUGCGUGUUUGGUGUACAGUGGUAAAAUAAGGUGGUCCUACCACUCGCUCGUCCACGCACUCAUUCAUCCACUCACUGAUCCACUCACUCAUUCAUCCACUCAUUCAUCCACUCACUCAUUCAUCCACUCACUCAUCCACUCAUUCACUAAUCCACUUUGUCACUCAUCCACGCACUCACACAUUCACUCACUCAUUCAUCCACUCACUCACUCAUCCACUCACUCAUCCACUCACUCACUAAUCCACUUUGUCACACAUCCACGCACUCACACAUUCACUCACUCAUUCAUCCACUCACUCAUUCAUCCACUCACUCAUCCACUCACUCAUCCACUCACUCACUAAUCCACUUUGUCACUCAUCCACGCACUCACACAUUCACUCACUCAUCUACCCUCACACAUUCACUCACUCCAGUCACUCAUCCACUCACUCACCCACUUCCCCUUUGACUCAAUUACUCACUCGCCCACCCAUUCAAUUACUUACCCAUCCACUCAUUCAUUAAUUUACCGAGCCACUCACCCACACAUUCACCCACGCAUUCACAAACUCGCCCACUAAAUAACUCGCUCACCCAUUAAUUUAUUUCAUUAGUCACCCACCCGCUCGCCCACCCACUCGCCCACCCACACACGGA